AUGCAGUUGAAGCAGCAGGAAAGCGGCGGUUCCGUCGACCAGGUCUCUGUGCCUGAGUCUCGCGCCGAACGCACCGAGUUCACCAAGCAGUCCUCGAGCCUGCCCUUCGGCCAGCUUGUGCCCUUGCACUCGAUAUCCGGCCCAACCUACGUGACUGGCCAGCUCCUGGUCCAGCAGGUGGCAUACAAGCUUUCCGACAAGAUAUUCUCGUACUCUCCCGAGACCUUCGACCUCGAUGUUGCCGUGCAAGAUUGGGCCGAUGACGAGGAGAGAAACAUCCACGGAUAUACUACGAAUGUGUUGCCUCUCCAGACCCGCACCGGGGCCGGCGCAUUCGCCCUUGGCUACAUGUUCUCCAAGGACUUUGAUCUGUCCAAGAGGCACAUCCCCCAGACCCUGCUGGCCCCUUCCCUGAGCUUGCGCCACCUGCGCUCAUCCCUCGACCAGCUAUCCCUGCUGUACGGAGUUUCCAGCCCAUUUGUUGCCCACGUCGCGGCUGCCGACUACUCUGCCAAUGCCGGGCUUGUUUCUGAGUAUGGCUCUGCCUUGCAGCUUGCUGAAGAGCUUGGACUCGCCCUGGUUUCGAGCACGUCGGUGUACGAGGCGCAACAUAUGUCUCUGUUUGCGACCCUGCUCGCCAAAGUUCUGCCAACCCUCCACAUCUACGACGGAGUGCGCACUUCCCGUGAGACGGUACGAGUUAUUGAUGCGCUGAGCGAGAACGGCAUCGCAGACGUCUACAAGAAGAUUUCUGCCACGGCGGAUGAUCUCAACAAGCGCUUGGACGAAGCAGGCAAGGCAGUCGAGCUUCUGAACGCCUUCAACGGCGAGCUUGGCACCGACUACGAGCUGUUUGAGUACACGGGCGACAAGGCUGCCGAAGUGGUCUUCGUUGUCUUCGGCAGCGUCGAGUCUCAGGUGGCUAAGCAGGUCGUGGACGCUUUGGCAUCCAAGGGCGUCAAGGUCGGUGCAGUCAGUGUUCGCGUGUACCGCCCAUUCGUCGAAGAGGCUUUCUUGAAGGCCCUACCGGAAUCAGUUCAGACAGUCGCCGUUCUUGGCCAAGUUAUCGACUCUCGUGCUGUCACUGACGCCUCCGUUCAGUCGGCACUCUACGCCGAUGUUCUCACUGCCGUUUCCUUCGCUGAUAAGUGGACUACUGCUCCGGCAGUGGAAGACGUCAAGUAUCCUGCCGCUGAGAGCUUCACACCCACUAGCUUCGCAGCCAGUCUCUCAAAGUACAUCAGCAAGGACCCGUCUGCUAAAGUGGAGGUGCAACUUUCCCAACUCGACAGCGUCGGCCAGUACAUCUUCUGGGACGUGGACGAUUCCGUGUCUGCCGUGGUGCCUACUAUCAUCAGCGGCCUCCUCUCUCGGGACUCUACAAACAACGUCUACGUUAGCGAGUCUCACGAUAACCUGGUACAGGGCGGCGUUAUUCGGACUGAUCUCCGCACGUCGAAGAAGUCCAUUGAUGCUCCCUACCCUAUUGAGGAGGCUGAUGUUGUCUUCAUCAACAGUGAAAAGCUAUUGAAAGAAGUCGCAUCUUCCCAGAUUAUCAAGUCUGGUGGCAAGCUUGUGGUCAACCUCCCCAACUUCAAGACCGAGGAUAUCGAGAAACGCAUCCCCGCCGCUGUGCGCAAAGACAUCCAAUCCCGUGGAUUGGAACUCUAUAUCCUUGACUCAGCAUUCUCUCCAGCCUUUGAGAGCAAUGACAGUGCCGCUAGAUUGUUGGCUGAGCUUGCAUUCCUCAAGGUUGCGAAGCCCGACGCAAAGCCUGAGCUCUUGCAGAAGCUUGCCCUGCUGGAGGGAACCUCACCCAGCGUCGAAGAGUGUGCCGACGAGCUUGAAAAGGCCUUGACCAAGCUCGAGGUGCCAGAAGCGUGGGCAGAAACUUUGGAAGAGGCCCCAGCGCCUGCUCUUCCUAGCGCCUUGAAGACCACAAGCUUCGUGCCUUUCGAGAAGAAGGAGACCGAGACCGAGCUGUCGGUUAGCGACUGGCACACCGCCGCAAAGGGUCUUCUCUUCAAGGAGGCUUAUGGCACCGAGAUUACUCUACGCCCCGAGGCUACUGUGAAGACCUACACGAUCCACGUGAAGGAGAACCGCAGGCUCACGCCCUCCACAUACGACCGCAACAUCUUCCACAUCGAAUUCGAUCUUGGCAAUUCGGGUCUUACAUACAAGAUCGGUGAAGCGCUUGGUAUACACGCAGACAAUGAUCCAGAACUUAUUCAGGAGUUUAUCGAGUCUUAUGGCCUCAACGGUGACGAACUUGUGCAAAUCCCUGGCAGGGAAGCCGGUUUUGUUGAAACGCGCACUGUCUUCCAGGCUCUCCAGCAGAAUAUUGACAUCUUUGGCAAACCCCCCAAGCGAUUUUACGAAGUUCUCGCUGAAUUUGCUACCGAUGAGCUGGAGAAGAAAAAGCUGGUCGCUCUUGGUGCCGCGGAAGGUGCCGAGGAGUUUAAGAAGCGCAGCGAGGUUGACACUAUCACAUACGCUGAUAUUCUGGAAGAGUUCAAGUCGGCACGACUCUCUUUCACCGAUAUCGCCCGUUUGGUUGGCCCGCUGAAGCGCCGUGAAUACUCGAUCGCUUCUGCUCAAGCUGUCACUCCCAACGCAGUUGCUCUUAUGAUUGUUGUUGUCGACUGGGUUGACACGAAGGGACGCACUCGUUAUGGCCAAGCCACCCGGUACCUAAGCCGCCUGCCGGUCGGUACUGAGGUCACCGCCUCAGUGAAGCCGUCCGUCAUGAAGCUCCCUACCCGUGAUGACGCACCGCUCAUUAUGGCUGGUCUCGGUACUGGUCUUGCUCCAUUCCGCGCCUUUGUUCAAUACCGAGCCAUGCAGAAGGCACAGGGCAAGCAGAUCGGUGACAUCCUACUCUACCUUGGCUCCCGUCACCAGCGCGAGGAGUAUCUCUACGGCGAAGAAUGGGAGGCAUACCUCGACUCAGGUGUCAUCACCCUGCUUGGUGCCGCAUUCUCGCGUGACCAGCCUCAGAAGAUUUAUAUCCAAGAUCGCAUGCGCCAGACCAUCUCCCAGAUCAUGAAAGCCUACAUCACCCAGGAGGGUUCGUUCUACCUGUGUGGUCCUACAUGGCCUGUACCCGACGUCACGGAGGUGCUCCAGGAGGCGAUCGAGACUGAGGCCAAGAUGAAUGGCAAGAAGGUUGACUCGAAGAAGGAGAUUGAUCGUCUGAAGGAAGAGGGACGAUAUGUGCUUGAGGUUUACUAG